AUGGAGACUUGUAUACGGAGGCAAUCCGUUGCUCGUAAUGCGCUGUUCUGCUACUCCCGGACUGUCGGUGGCCGCCCCGGGUCACUGUACUCGGCUCUGUCGCAGUCUCGCGCCUCCAGCAACACCUCAUUUCGACGACAACAGUUCGACGCUUUUCCCUCGCAACUCGAAAACGCCGCCAAUGCAUCUUUCAUACCCUCCGAGAAGUCUGUGGUUACCCCUCAGACUAUCACCGAGAAGAUUGUUCAGCGGCACGCCGUCGGCCUCGCCCCUGGCAAGAAAGUCAGGCAAGGAGAUUUCGUCACGCUACGGCCGAAAUGCAUUAUGACACACGAUAAUGGUUGGCCAGUCCUCAAGAAGUUUACGGAAAUUGGAGCCUCUAAGAUCCAUGAUAGUCGACAGGUUGUCAUGACCUUGGAUCAUGACGUUAGUAACGAAUCUGAGUCUAAUCUUACUAAAUAUCGUCUGCUUGAAGAGUUUGCCCACAAACACGGCUGCUUCUUUUCUGGAAAAGGACAAGGGAUAGGUCAUCAGCGAGUUAUCGAAGAGGGAUUUUCGUGGCCAGGAGCAGUCACUGUUGCGAGUGAUAGUCAUUCCAAUAUGUACGGCGCUGUAGGAAGUCUCGGAACUCCUGUUGUAAGGUCGGACGCGGCAUCCAUCUGGGCUACUGGAACGACGUGGUGGCAAGUCCCGCCUGUCAUUAAGGUGAAUCUUACUGGUGUCCUUCCUAUUGGCGUUUCUGGCAAAGAUAUCAUUGUUGCUCUCUGCGGCCUCUUCAACAAAGAUGAGGCUCUCAACCACUGCAUCGAGUUUGCCGGCUCUGAACAGACUUUAGCAAGUAUACCAGUGGACGACCGCCUUUGCGUAAGCAACAUGACGACGGAGUGGGGAGCCUUAAGUGGGCUUUUCCCUGUCGAUGAUGUGCUUAUCUCCUGGUACCGUGCUAAGGCGUCCACUGCCGCUAUGCUCAAUAGUUCCACUAAAGAGCGCAUCAACCAUGAGCGAAUCGACAAACUCCUGGAGAAUCGGCUCACUGCUGAUUCCGGUGCGAUAUAUGCUAAAGAACUCUACCUGAACCUAUCCACUUUAUCACCAAUGGUUGCUGGUCCUAAUUCGGUUAGGAUUAUUACACCAAUUACAAAGCUCGAGGCUGAAGGCAUUGCUAUAAACAAAUGUUUUCUGAUUAGCUGCACCAACGCCCGAGCUUCAGAUAUUAGGAGAGCGGCUAGGGUUUUCCUUGAAGCCGGAGCAGAUGGUAAGGCUGCUAAGGUUGCCUCAGGUGUCAAGUUUUAUCUCGCUGCAGCUUCCCUUGCUGAACAACGGACCGCCGAGGAGGCAGGCGACUGGCAAAUUCUAUUGGACGCUGGUGCUCAGCCUCUAAUCUCAGGGUGUGGCCCUUGCAUCGGACUCGGCCCUGGGAUUCUUGAGGACGGUGAAACUUGCAUUAGCAGCUCGAAUCGUAACUUCAAAGGCCGCAUGGGAUCAACAGCGGCUUUAGCCUACCUUGCCAGCCCUGAAAUUGUUGCUGCCAGUGCUAUUCGGGGCAAGAUUGCGGGUCCUGGCUGGUACCAGAAGCCCGAGGGCGUAGAAAAAGUGAUCAUUGGCGAGGGGAGUGGCGAUCAUAUCGUUGAUCAGACUCGCUCUUUUGAAAAUGCCUUUGACAAGCUUAUCAAUGAUAUCGAGGGCAUGGUUGCUGCUGCUGAAGGCGCCGAGGGCGCUGAGGGCGCUGAGGAUGCUACUGAGCAGCAAUCCCAGCCUAGUGCUUCUAACGAGGAAACCUUGACUGAAAUCCUUCCCGGCUUCCCGGAUAUGGUUGAGGGGGAGAUCAUUUUCUGCGAUAAUGAUAACAUCAAUACUGAUGGUAUCUAUCCUGGUGAGUACUCUCAAUCCUGUUUCCUGAUCAGUCCUAUUAACAAGUACAAAGGCAAGUAUACCUACCAGGAUGUCUCCAGGGAGAAGAUGGCUGGGGUAUGUAUGGAGAACUACGAUCCUGAGUUCCAAACAAUUGCCAAGAUAGGCGAUAUUUUGGUGAGUGGCUUUAAUUUUGGCUGUGGCAGCUCCCGCGAGCAAGCAGCGACAGCCAUCUUAGCCAAGCAGAUCCCUCUUGUUAUUGCUGGCAGCUUCAGCAAUAUUUUCAGCCGGAACAGCAUCAACAAUGCUCUUAUGAGCAUCGAGAUGCCUGAUUUAGUGCGGCAUCUUCGUGAAACCUUCAAGGAUGACCCUGCUAAGCCCCUGACUCGCCGCACUGGCUGGAAGCUCCUCUGGGACGUCCGCCGCUCUAAGGUCAUUGUUACUAAGAAGGACGGAUCGAUAUGGGAACGAAAAGUUGGCGAGGUGCCGCCUAAUGUCCAGGAGAUUGCAAAGGCUGGUCUGGAGCAGUGGGUUAAAGAGAGAAUUAAGACUUAA